UUUCCAGCCUCAGCGCUUCGCAGUUUCCUCUCCUUGUUUUGCUUUCGAUCUGGACUGUUCUCAGGCAAGCCGGGGAGUAACUUUUAGUUUUGUUCCUGCGAUUAUUCAACUGACGGGCUUUCAUUUCCAUUUCACACAUCCUAGCAACACUUAAGCCUUGCGGAAUUGUAUUGAUAGCGUGAAAAAGCACACUGAGAGACGGAAAAUGCUGAGGUUCAUAAAUAUUAAUACUGAUUUUUGGAGGAACAGUCGGCGCUGUUAUGGAUCAUCUGAUUUUAGGGGAAGCAGGUUCUGCUGCUGUUGCUGCUGCUACUGGGGCUGCUGAGGCUGCGAGGAGGAGGAGGAGGAGAAGGGCACCAUGCCGGUGGAGAGGAUGCGCAUGCGCCCGUGGCUGGAAGAACAGAUCAACUCAAACACGAUACCAGGGCUGAAGUGGCUUAACAAGGAAAAGAAGAUUUUUCAGAUCCCCUGGAUGCACGCAGCUAGACACGGGUGGGAUGUGGAAAAAGAUGCACCGCUCUUUAGAAACUGGGCCAUCCAUACAGGAAAGCAUCAACCAGGAGUAGAUAAACCCGAUCCAAAAACGUGGAAGGCGAAUUUUCGAUGUGCCAUGAACUCUCUGCCUGACAUUGAAGAAGUCAAAGAUAAAAGCAUAAAGAAAGGAAACAACGCCUUCCGAGUCUACCGAAUGUUGCCUUUAUCUGAACGACCUUCUAAGAAAGGAAAGAAACCAAAGACAGAAAAAGAAGACAGAGUGAAGCACAUCAAGCAAGAACCAGUUGAGUCAUCUUUGGGGCUUAGUAAUGGAGUAAGUGAUCUUUCUCCUGAGUAUGCGGCCCUGACUUCAGCUAUAAAAAAUGAAGUGGAUAGUACGGUGAACAUCAUAGUCGUAGGACAGUCACAUCUGGACAGCAACAUUGAGGAUCAAGAGAUUGUCACUAAUCCACCAGACAUCUGCCAAGUUGUGGAAGUGACCACUGAGAGUGAUGAACAGGCGGUCAGCAUGAGCGAGCUCUACCCCCUGCAGAUCUCCCCCGUGUCUUCCUACGCAGAAAGCGAAACUACGGACAGUGUGCCCAGUGAUGAAGAGAGCUCGGAGGGCCGACCACACUGGCGGAAGAGGAACAUUGAAGGCAAACAGUACCUCAGCAACAUGGGGACACGAAGCACGUACCUGCUACCCAGCAUGGCGACCUUCGUCACUUCCAACAAGCCCGACCUCCAGGUCACCAUCAAAGAGGAGAGCUGUCCCGUGCCUUACAACAGCUCCUGGCCCCCGUUCCCAGACCUCCCCCUCGCCCCCUCCGUGACCCCAGCGCCCAGCAGCAGCCGGCCAGACCGGGAGACCCGGGCCAGCGUCAUCAAGAAGACCUCCGACAUCACCCAGGCCCGCGUCAAGAGCUGUUAAGCCUUCCACUUCCCCUGGUGGUUGUUGGGAUUUCUUGGCUUUGUUUUAUUGUUUGUUUGUAUUAUAUUUUUCUUUCUGACACCUAUUUUAGACGAAUCUUAAGGGAAAAAGCCUUGACAAUAGAACUUUGAUUGCUGUGUCCAACUCCAGUACUGGAGCUUCUUUUUAACUCAGGACUCCAGCCCCUUGGUAGACGCAUAUCUCUAGAGCCUGCUGGAUCUCCCAGGGCUGCUCCCUCAAGUUCAAGGACGUCAUAGGACCAACACCCACACGGGCAGUGAGGUGCUGCAUUGCCUGCGGUCAAGGCCAGCAUGGUGGAACGGAUGCCUCUGAAUGGAGGAGAAAAUGUGAACUAGCUGGAAUUUUUUAUUCUUGUGAAUAUGUACAUAGGGCAGUACUAGCGACGUUGCAGUCUGCUUCUGCACCUUAUCUUAAAGCACUUACAGAUAGACCUUCUCGUGACCCUGCUCUGUUUCAUAGCACAGUCAGCACCCCUCUUCCCUCCUCCCCGCCUUCCCCCUUCCCAUCUCCUCCUCUUGCUUUGCAGCCCCUCCCCUCCCAGCCCCUCCCCUCGUUUGCCUCCCCUUCAUCCCACCGCCUCCCCUCCGUCCCCUCCCCGGCCCUCCUAUCCCCUUCAUUUUCUUUCCUCCUUUUCCUGCCCUCAAAGGCUGUGUUCCACAUCCCUGAGGAGGAGAAGAAAAUGAACUUCUCCACAGAUGUCCCAUUUUAAAAGACUGCUUUAAAAAACAAAACAAAAAAAAAAGAAAAGAAAAAAAGAAAAUCUUUCUAAUCUGCUAUGCUUGAAUGCCACGCGGUACAAAGGAAAACUAUCAUGGAGAGAUUAUGCAAAUUCCCAGAUUUGAAGAGAAAAAUACUCUAAUUCUAACCAGAGCAAGCUUUUUUAUUUUUUAUACCGGGGAAUAUUUUAUUCAAGGUAAAAUUCUAAAGAAAAUAUAAUUGUUUUUUAUCUUUUCUACAGCAAAUUUAUAAUUUUAAGAUUCCUUUUCUUGUUUAUCGGCAGUUGUUAUUACAUCCUUGUGGCACAUUUUUUUUUUUUAAUUUUGUAAAGGUGAAAAAGCUUUUAUGAGCUCAUGUAGCAAUCAAAUUAUCCUGUGGAUUGAUAAUAAAUGAAUAUGAUAUAUAGUUAAAUUUUUAA